AUGGUUGUGCAAACACUGAAAAUCGAGGGUACUUUGCGUUCUAAUGGAACGCCUGUUAAAAAUGAGGUACGUAGAUCCGCAAUGACCAAAUAUUACCAUGUAAAUUCUUUUGUUAUUGCCAAAUUUUUAGCACGUCGGGAUCUAUGACUUGAAGUCGUACGAAUAUCUGGACAAUGCUACCACAGACAUAGAUGGUAAUUUUUCGCUGAGGACGAGGCGGAGGAACCUGAAGAAAGCGCGGUUUGAAAUUUCAAUGUACGCAAUUUUUGGGUAAAAGUUCCUUAUUUUGGCCACAACUUAUAACUUUGCGGAAACUGGUCUGAAUUAGCCCAAAUUUAGCGUGCACGCUCAAUUCGUCGUUGUCAAUGCCCGGAGAGUGGAUUUAGUUAGUGAGGUACCUUCUUUUUUACGUACCACCUUACCCUUCAAAAACGGCUGCAGCCUGUGAUUUUACACUUUAUACGAUGAAACAUAUCCGGAACUAAACUUAUUGUGAUGGAACUAAAUGAGUCGUCACAGCCUUCGUAGGUACCCCUAAAACUAUAGAGCUAUUAUUAUAGUAAUUCAGUGCCAGCUAGGUCGAAGCGUUUUUUCCUAACUUUAGUGCCCAAGCUUGGGCGCAGUUCGCGGAGUACCUUUGUUGUGGCCGAAAUAAGGAACUUUUUCCAAUUUUUGAUGUUUAUUUGGAAUUUUGCAAAGAGUUGCAAUUCUUCCAGAUAAAAGCUUUGUUUUAGCCCCCGCUACUCAAGCGCACGGUCGGCGGUCGGCAAGGACUACAACAACUACAUCCGAAUCCCGAUUAGAGAAGUGCUCACCAAUUCCACCGUCUUCAACGUGGGAAUCAUUGAGCUUUCGGAGCUUUCGACUAAAAUACGAACGUCUCGGAGCCGUAACCUUGAAAAAUAA